CCUCUCUCUGUCUCUCUGCUGUUUAUCUCAGAGCUGAACCAACACAAACUGUCCAUCACUCUUCUACCAAAAGAAACAAAUCAAUGUUCACAAGCUUAAGAUCUGCUCGCCCUAGCCUCCAGUUCCGCGAGUUCAAGAUCUGAUUCGAUUUAAGAAGACCCAUCGUCGAUUCACUACCAAAAGAAUUCUCCUUUUGUUUUCAAAAUCAUGUCUCUGUUGCCAAAGAGUGAUUCCAUUCAAAUUAGAGAAGUGUGGAAUGAUAAUCUCGAAGAGGAGUUUGCUCUGAUUCGCGACAUAGUUGAUGGCUUUCCUUAUAUUGCAAUGGACACUGAAUUUCCAGGGGUUGUUCUUCGCCCCGUGGGGAAUUUCAAGAAUAUUAACGAGUAUAACUAUCAGACUUUGAAGGACAAUGUUGAUAUGUUGAAAUUAAUACAGUUGGGUCUCACUUUUUCCGAUGAAGAUGGGAAUUUACCCACUUGUGGUACUGAUACGUACUGCAUUUGGCAGUUCAAUUUUCGCGAAUUUGAUGUCACUGAGGAUAUUUUCGCUAAUGAUUCCAUCGAGUUGUUGAGACAGUGUGGGAUUGAUUUCAAGAAAAAUAAUGAGAUGGGUAUUGAUGCAAACUGGUUUGGCGAGCUCUUGAUGUCGUCAGGGAUUGUUUUGAAUGAUGGUGUGCGCUGGGUGACAUUUCAUAGUGCAUAUGAUUUUGGGUAUUUGCUUAAGCUGUUGAUUCGCCGGGAUUUGCCUGAUACACAAGCGGAGUUCUUUGAUUUAAUCAAUAUGUAUUUUCCUGUGGUUUAUGAUAUCAAGCAUUUGAUGAAGUUUUGCAAUAGUCUUCAUGGUGGGUUGAACAAGCUCGCGGAGCUCUUGGAAGUUGAGAGGAUUGGUAUUUGUCAUCAAGCUGGUUCGGAUAGUUUGCUCACCUCAUGCACAUUCAAGAAGUUGAAAGACACCUUCUUUAACGGCUCCACUGAGAAAUAUGCAGGUGUUUUGUAUGGUCUUGGUGUUGAGAAUGGAUCUGAUAAUAAAUAGAACGCAUUUAUGUAUGUUCAGUUGAGUUGCUUGGUGUAAAAAUCCCAUUUCGAUUUGUAUACUAUUCGCGAAAGGUCGUUGCUUUUUAAUUUUACCUUGGUUUUUUUUGCCUUUUUUUCCUGAUCUUAUAUGUAACUUGAACCUUUGAUGUGUGUUGUAGCUAAAGCACUGUAAAUUAUUACUGUUAGUGUUGCAAUAACAAUUUUAACUUUUCACUUUGCCUGAAGAGUUUAUUCCCAUUAUGAUUUACAGAGUGUAUCCCCUUGAUUAUCGAGUGUAGUGCCAGCUCACAUGUUUUGUCUACAUGUAAGAGCCUCAUAAUACAUGUGAAGCAAACUUGUACAUGAACUUCACUUCGUCUAUUCUGUUGCCCAGAUUUGUGUUUGUAAAGGCACUGAAGUUGAAUAGACCAUAUUAGAGCGAUUUGAACCCCUUAUAGUCAUAUAUCAUGGUUCCUUCACUAAUUAGCUUAACUUACUGCAAUUAUGGAACAUGUGUCUCAGCCCGUUGAAUAGUGUAGGAUUAAUGCUAACUUGAAUUAUCCUGCUUGCUUAUGAUGAUUAAUUUUAAAUCCUCCCCCCGGUCCCCCCUCUCUUUUUUUGUGUCUCUCUGGGUGUGAGAGAAAGCGAUCCUUAUUGUAGGUCUUUGUGAAGAAGGCUUGAU